CUGUCUGCAGGGGUAGGUGUCUGGUUUAAAUUUCUCCACACCUAUUGAAUGAUUUCACUGCCAAAGGAAAAUUGUUUGCUCUCUUAAUAAAAAGUCCGUGAAGCUGAAAGAAAUAAAAAGUCUGUGAAGCUGAAAGAAGUUAGUUUCGUGGGUUUGGGGAGGCAGCCAGAAGACUGGUGGAGCUGAUCAGAAUAAUGUUCAACAUCAACCCCCUGGAGAACCUGAAGGUGUACAUCAGCAGUCGGCCUCCCCUGGUGGUCUUUAUGAUCAGCGUAAGCGCCAUGGCGAUAGCUUUCCUGACGCUGGGCUAUUUCUUCAAAAUCAAGGAGAUUAAGUCACCAGAAAUGGCAGAGGAUUGGAAUACUUUUCUGCUGCGGUUUAAUGAUUUGGACUUGUGUGUAUCAGAAAAUGAGACAUUAAAGCAUCUCACAAAUGACACGACAACGCCAGAAAGCACAAUGACUAGUGGGCAGGCCAGAGCAUCUACCCAGUCCCCCCAGGCCCUAGAGGAUGCAGGCCCGGUUAACAUCUCAGUUGCAAUCACCCUAACCUUGGAUCCGCUCAAACCCUUCGGAGGGUACUCUCGCAACGUCACCCAUCUGUACUCGACUAUUUUGGGCCAUCAGAUUGGACUGUCAGGCAGGGAAGCCCACGAGGAGAUAAACAUCACCUUUACCCUGCCUACAGCUUGGAGUUCGGAUGACUGUGCUCUUCACGGUCACUGUGAGCAGGUGGUGUUCACAGCUUGCAUGACCCUCACAGCCACCCCCGAUGUGUUCCCUGUCACUGUGCAGCCACCACACUGCAUUCCUGACACGUAUAGCAACGCCACGCUCUGGUACAAAAUCUUCACCACUGCCAGAGAUGCCAACACCAAAUACGCUCAAGAUUACAAUCCUUUCUGGUGUUACAAGGGGGCCAUUGGAAAAGUCUAUCAUGCUUUAAAUCCCAAGCUUACAGUUAUUGUUCCUGAUGAUGACCGUUCAUUAAUAAAUUUGCAUCUCAUGCACACCAGUUACUUCCUCUUUGUGAUGGUGAUAACGAUGUUUUGCUAUGCUGUUAUCAAAGGCAGACCCAGCAAAUUGCGUCAGAGCAAUCCGGAAUUUUGUCCUGAAAAGGUGGCUUUGGCUGAAGCCUAAUCCCAUAACUCCCUGUUUUCUGAGAGGAACUGAGAGAACCAUAAUCAUUGCCGGCUGAACCCAGCCUAGGCCUGGACACUCUGUGAAUACAUUAUCUUGCAAUGUUGGGUUAUUCCAGCCAAAGACAUUUCAAGUGCCUGUAACUGAUUUGUACAUAUUUAUAAAAACCUAUUCGGAAAUUGGUCCAAUGAUGCACGUGCUUUGCACUGGGUGCAGCCAGAGCCCUUCAGCCUCACCGGUGGACUGGUGGACUUGGCGGGAUAUUUCCGCCUAGUGCUAGAGGGAAUUUGUGGAUCUUGCUGCUUCCAAGCAGGUGAUGUUUUAACCAAGGUCGCAGGCCACGUUUUGUUGCUGGUGGGGUUGAGGGCUGCUUUGGUUCUUGUUUCAGCCCAAUAUGUACAGAAUGUUUGAAACAGUCUGCACCUUUGAUAUGAAACUGCAUUUCCAAAGCCACCAAUCCAUUUUGUGGAUUUUAUGUGUCUGUGGCUUAAUGAUCGUAACAACAAUAAUACCUUUUUUUCCCCACCAUUUUGCUUGCAAGGAAACAUACCUAUCUAAGUUUGUUUUUGUUUUCGUUUUUUAAGAAAAAAUAAAAUAGUCACAUUUUAAUACUACUCUAGUUAGAGCAGACUUGUGCUUUUAUCCUGAGUAAAAAGUUAAAUAUUUAAAAGUCACCUACAUGAUAAAGAUCUAAGUCUCAUUUUCCACACAAGUGGUGGGGAGCCUGUCUUCUCUGAGUCAGCAGAGAAUGUCUGCUGUCCUUUUGUCCUCUGUCGUCCCCUCCCUCUAGUAUAGAAGUUAAAGCAGCUUCCUCCCUCAAGAGGCCCUGGAGGUUAAGAAAUGGCUGUAGCGUAGAUAAUAACUGUCCUGCUUUCAGGAGUGUAGAUGACAGUGUGGAAAGAAACUGUUGAUUUGCUCUAAUAGUCAUGAAAGGUUUCUUUUUUUUUCUGCUUUUACUUUUAUGCAACUGAGAUAUCUUCAGAAGAAGGGCAAUGGGUAGAUCAGUAACAUUAUGAAAACAAUGCCUGUGAAAUUUGAAGGAUUCUAAUUCUGACUUAGCAUUUAUCAGGGGAAACCAAAAAAAUCUAAAUCUGUCUAAAAACAUUUAAAUCAUUUAAUUCCACUGUCCCUUUUCUUUCUAAUCCUUCUUCAUGUAAAAAAAAAAAAUUGUACAUAAUCUUUUCCAGUCCUUUCUUGUUUCCUUGUAUUUUUGUUGUUGUUGCUGCUUGUCUUAUUUUUUUUAACUCUGCCUUAAUCGCCCAUCGUCACUAAUGACUUCUGGUGCAAGUGAAACCUGGGACGUGACCGUCAGUACUUCCUUCCCCUAACUCUAGGUCUGUUCUAAAUUAGAAUGAGUUCCUGCAGUCUGAAAUAUGUUGGCCUAGAACACUUGACCCCAGGCAUUCUCGAAUGGAAAACAAUUAUGGCCUGUUACUGAAGAUUGCUAAAAUAAUCACUGUAGUAACUUGAUAUGUUGCUGUUAUUCCUGUCAGUACCUUUCGAGGAGUGGUUGUGCUUGUCUCUCCAUUGUUUUGGUAUGAUAGGAGUUGCUUACAUGAUGCCUGAUGUUAAUUUAGUUUUCUCUGUAGAGACUUUGAGAACCUCAUGAGAUAAGAUUGAGAAAGAGCCAUUUGACUUGGCCUUUAGAAAUGUCACUCUCAUUUGGAUCAUCAGAUUUUAGAUUAAGCUGCUACUUAAUUAAUAAUAUGCCAAUGAAGUAGAGCUAUAGGGAUAGAUUUAUACCUGGUAGAGUAAUAUAAAAGGAAAAGACAAGUGGAAAAAGUCGGUUUCACUGGUGUGUCCAAGCUUUCCCUUGUUUUAAUGACAGGGAAUGGCUGGAGUCCGUAGCCAGGAGAGGAAGGACACUGCCAGGCAGAAGAGGAGAAGUGCCAAAAAUGCCUGGACAAUAGGGCUGCCCUGAGGCCUGGACACACACUUUAAGAAUCCCACACUCACCCCCGCAGGCAAUCUCCAAGAUCUUAUAGAAACACAGAGUCAGCCAGGGGUAUAAAGAGAGGCUGGGGAAGAGAGGAGGCUGUGGGACCUGAGUGAAGAGGUCUAGGGCCUCAAGAGACCUCCAUGGACUCUCAGGAAGUCCAGGGGACCUGCUGUGACCUGGUGGCCAAGGCCCAGACCUCAGCCCUGUCUUGCUGGUGGGCCUUAGGAUGGGAAGAGUGUUACAGGCGGGGGCGUUUCUGUUCGGGUGACCCCCGCAGGAGCACUGACUCGUCCUCAGGCACCUUGGACUGGAGGUCCAAUAAAAGGUCAGCAACUUCUUAUUCAAAGGUUGUUUCAGAUCAUAUUGAUCUCUUUCCUUUUUCCUUUUGUCCUUUCACUGUAUGACUUGAAUCAGUUUUGAUUCUAUUUGUAAGUUUUUCUUGUCGUUAGGAACCUGCCAUUUGUGUUGCACUUUCUUUGGCAGUACGUAAAGAUUCAGCAUCCUGGUUUUUCAACCCUCCUGCAGGCACUGUGGGGUUACGAGGGCCAGCGGGUCCAUUUCACUUCUCUUGCUGCAUGAUGGUCAGUAGCUGAUCUGUUAUGGCAUUCACUCCCAGAUUAAUUUUCCGUGUUUGAAAUAUGUGCAUAUGUGCUUUACAGAAUAAAACAUCUGAAUUUA